CUCAAACAAUCUUUCAUUCACGUACAAACACAAAAAAUUAUAUAUAUAUAUAUAUAUAUAUAUACAUAUUUGUGUGCAUAUCUAUACAAUUAGGUACACAAAAAUCCUCAUAGACAUGGAGGUAAAACCACAAGCACGCACCUUAGAGAUAACGGUUAUGUCGGGAGAAAACAUAAGCAUGGAUCGAAGUUCGGUGGCGGAGAACGUGUAUGUUGUUGUUCGUGCCGAAUCUCUUAACUCUUGCAGAACCAAAAUGGUGAAUGAAGAAGGUGGAGUGCAUGCAUGGAAUGAGAAGUUUUUAUUAGACAUUCCUUUGUAUGCAAAAUCAGUUACGUUUGAGGUGCAAUGCAAGAAAUAUAAAGGAGUUCGCCCUAUUGGGGUAGCAAGGAUAGCACUUUCGGAUCUUCUUAGUAACAAUACUAAGGUUGUUUCCGAAGGUAGUGUGCCUCAAAUGUUGUGUUACGGGUUGAGGAAUUCGGAAGGUCGACCAAACGGGGUUAUUCAUUUCUCCGUGAGAAUGGUGGCACCAAGGGAUAAUUUGUACUCACUAACAAAACAAGAAAAAGACAUCACAACGAUGAGUUCUAAAGGAAUUGAACAUGAGGUUAUGGGGAUUCAGGUGGACCCAAAAAUUUCACCUCAUGUUGCCAUUGGCAUUCCAGUUUGGUGGAGUUACCAAAGCGUUAUUUGAAGUGUAUUUUAUAUAUAUAUAUAUAUAUAUAUAUAUAUAUAUUUGGAGGUAGAAUUCUUAUUCAAUUCCCCUUCCCCUUGUAUCCAUAAAGAAGAAUGGUUGUUCGAUAGAUGCAACUAUUAAAGUAUGGCAUAUAUUUUAAAUGAAAUAUCUCCUGUUAUUGUAUCUUAUUA